UUCCAGCAGUGGCUUCUGGGAUUGGAAGGAGAGGAGGGAAAGAAGCUACAGGAAACAUCACUUUCCCUCAAAGUGUUUAUCUGCAGAAGGGAUAAGGAUUCUUCCCAUCAUGGGUCAGAUUCUCCAGCUGUGCUUGGGAGCCUGUCUAUGGGCAGCUCUGGCUCUCGGUGUGUUUGCUGGAUCCAGGAGAGAGACAGAUGAGCAACUUCACUUCAACGAUCUUGCAGAUACAAACGGGCAGGAGAAUGCUGACAUCCUAUUAGAGUUACUUUGGGGAGGGAUUGAAAUCAUAGCCAAUGAGACAAUCAAGAUUCAGGAUGAAGAGUUGGCCUCCCUGCGUCCUGCAAAGCGGUUACUCUGGAUCCUCCAGCAUGAGAUUCCCAAGAAUCCAGCUGGGAUUGAGGAGCACCUGGACUAUCUUUCGCAGUUAGACACCCCUCUGACGCCAGAGGAAUUUGAGCAGCUCAUCUUCACCACUGUUUACUGUGCUUACCAGGUUCGCUCCAUCCAAGGCCUGGAUAAAAACCUCUGGAUCAACCUUUUCUCCAAGCUGGUCAUUGAAAUAACCCAUGAGCUCUGCAAACAAUUCUGUCCCAAGAAAGCUAUGGAUUCUGUUCGGCUUCUAGCCUCCAGGCCUUGGCAGGAAAUGCCUGCCUAUAUUAGUGAACUGAAGAAAUUCUAUCGAUCCAGCCUAACCAUGACCCGAAGACACCAAGAUGGCACUCAUGCAUAAAGGACAAGUCUUGGUCCUACAACUCUUUUAUAUGCAAAUUCAUAUGGGAAAAUCCUUUUUAAGUUCAUGAAUGUCUGUAACGUUAUCUGGGAAUCUGCACAGAAAUGUCACCUUUCCCGUUUGUUUUGUUUUCUCUAGUGCUGUAGGGGCAUCUUAGGUGUAUGUUUAGUUUUAUAUGACUACUAGCUCAUUGUUCAAGGUCUAGGACUUCUGUCACUGCUUUUUCUAUAGGACAUGCGGUCCAAGUGGUAUCCUAUUUUUCUCAUUGGAGAAUCGGGAUUGUGCUUCAGAUGAAAAAGUGACAACUUG